UCAAAGAUUGAAUUUUGAAGAUCUUCUUUUUGGCUUCUUUCGCGAUUUCUUCACAGUCUCUUCUUCUUCUCCAAUCCCAAUGUUUGUUUGAGAGAAAGAAAGUCAAACCAUGGGCGUUUGUUGCCCUUUCCUUCAACCCUGGGAUCGAGCUCGUGACCAAUUUCUCAUCAACCUUCCUUGUCUCUCCGAUCCUGUUCGAAGAUCUUCUCUGCUUUUGAAAUUGGCACUAGUGGUUCUCCACCUCGUCUUUAUCGGCUUUCUCUUCCUUUUCGAUGCAGAAUUUAUUGAGAAGACUAAACGAGAUCCAUGGUACAUGGGCUGUUAUUUAUUGCUGUUUUCCGCCACUCUUCUGCAGUAUUUUGUAACUUCUGGCUCUUCACCUGGGUAUGUUGUUGAUGCAAUGAGGGAUGUUUGCGAGACUAGUGCAAUGUAUAGAAACCCACUUGCCUGCUCAAUACAACAUGCUUCCAGAAAAAGUGAGAGCGUUGUUGUUAAUGUGGAAGGAGGAUCAGCCUCAUGUGCUAGAAGGACUCCAACGCCCUGGGGGAAGUUGGUUCUGGACUUGUACCCUCCAGGGACAUCUAUAAGAAAUUUGACAUGUGGCUAUUGUCAUGUGGAGCAGCCUCCACGAACCAAACAUUGUCAUGAUUGUGAUCGAUGUGUUCUUCAGUUUGAUCAUCACUGUGUUUGGUUAGGAACAUGUAUAGGCCAGAAAAACCAUUGUAAAUUCUGGUGGUACAUCUGUGAAGAGACAACUCUAUGCAUCUGGACGCUCAUCAUGUAUGUUGACUACCUGAGUAACGUAGCAAAGCCUUGGUGGAAGAAUGCAAUUAUCAUACUACUGCUUGUCAUAUUGGCGAUCUCUUUGAUUUUUGUGCUGCUUCUAUUGAUUUUUCACAGCUAUCUAAUUCUGACAAAUCAAAGCACUUAUGAACUUGUGAGACGAAGACGUAUUCCAUACAUGAGGAAUAUUCCGGAACGAGUGCAUCCUUUUAGCAGAGGAAUUCGGAGGAACCUAUACAACGUCUGCUGCGGAAAUUAUAAUCUAGACUCACUCCCCACUGCGUUUGAACUCGAGGAUAGAUCAAGACCCUACACUUGCAUCGAUAUGUUGAAAUGUCGCUGCUGCUAAGUUUUCAUUUAUAGUUUUAUACACAAUUACCUCCAUUGUUUCAGU